UGGCACUAGAGAAGCUUUUAGAAUUCUUAUGAGAAGGAACAGUGGGAAGGUAGGUAGGGAGAUAGGUGCUGGAUGUUCUGUCUAGAUUAGGACCCCCAAAGAGACCACUGGAGACCAAAGAUGUCCAGAAUGCAAUACCAAGGUUUAUUUGACCCAGCGCACAUGCGUGCAUAGUUCUAGCUAGCAGGGAACCCUCAUCCACCACGCCCAACGCCGAGAGGCAGGGAGGAGAGUUCCUCUUUCUUGAGGAAGUUAGUUUUUAUAGGCAAAACCCACAAAAUUCCUUAGAGGGGAGGGGGUUAGUACGGGUCCAUCCUUGAUUGGUCCAGUUUUUCCUGGGCCUGGACUUUGUCUUAUUUCAGCUUAUCUGUUUGCCCUGUCAGGAGUUUUACAACCCAUCUCCAGUGUCUGGUCAUGUUAUCUCCAGAGAGGGGCAUCUCGUGGUUAAUUGGUCACCACCAGACAUCCUGACUUUGUUCUUUUGAAAACACUUGACUUCACCCUCUCCAGGAAGGGGGAACUCAUUCAGUUCUGUUUAUUUUUAAGAUAUUUGUUCCCUCAGCUCCUUUGGGUUUCUGGGGGGACUGUGUCUGGGACUUUGGUGGGGGUCUUUCACUAGUAGACAUACUCUGCUCUCCAUCCUGGAGAGUGCUGAAAGUCUCAGGAAAAUGUAGCGGAAUUCAGCUACUAAGACAAAAGCUACUACCUGGGAAGUCAAGGAGUUUUCCAGAGGUGAAUCCAUGGCUUAAGGAGUCUUGGUGAUAUUUUAGCUUUUGUAUGUACAUUAGCCUGUUCCUGCAAUGAUUUUCUUGUAUGCUAUGUAUGCCCCCAAGAACUUUUAAUGGUGUAUUUUACCUGAAAUACUUCUCAAGCAUCCUAGGCCAUACAGCAAACAGUCUCCUGAAUUAAGGUAAACACCCUUCUGGAGAUACUGCCUAGGAGACAGGUGAGGCUAGGUGCAUAGCUUUGUUUCUUUUGAAAGCUCAGACCCUCCUUCCUCUCACAGGAAGUGGCAUUCCAGAACAAUUGACCCAGAACAAAAGGGUUUUUUGCAUACCAGGUGAAGGGACAGAAUGGGGCAGGUUUCCCAGCUUGGAGCAGUGUGGCCCAGCCAGAGGAGAAAGCAGCAAGGCAGAGGUUCUGAAGAUUGUAGGUGGACUGAGUUGGGUCAGGAGAGUAGAAGAGGAAGGGAAGAAGACAGAUGGAGGAACAGACGGAGUUAAGAUGAGGUCAAGAUGGGAAGAGCUUAGUUAGGACUAGGAAAAUGAGAGGACAGGAAGAGAAGGGAUAGAGAGGAGCUGAGUAUGAGAACAGAACAGAAGCCAUGUAGAGAAAGAACUGACUCAGAAAAAUAAAGUGAAUGAACUAAGAGAUUCGAAUACAUGGAUUAAUUUAGUGUCAUCAAAGAUUAGAUUAUCAGCUGGUUGUAGAUUCUUCCUGGACUCUGGGAGAGGGCUAUCAAGGGGCUGGACACUCCAUUGUCUGCAUUAGAAGAGCAGCAUUUGCUUGCGUAGAGCCUGUGAAUCUCAUAAGUCCAAAGCUGAGAUGGUUCUCAGAAAAGCUGGGACAGGGCCCUCAGGGAAGGGUAUGUGAGAGAUGGUCAAGAGAAACCACAGAGUUCAAAUUUGAGUUCUUCCCUGAUGAGACCCAGACAACACUGAGGCAUGUGAUCCAGUGAGAGGAAGGACCCAUCGCUAACAUCACCUUGUGAGGUCUGGGCCCUUCAUUGUAACCAGGAAGAAAAUACGGAGAUACUGCAACAAACUACAUGGGUGAUCCUUUGUCACUGGUCCACAAUAAUGCUGACAUACAUGAGGGGUAAGUGAUGUUGAUGGUUUUGGGUCUUUGAUAACAGUAAUUUCUUGGUUUGAAAUAAUUUUGGAAGGUCUGUGACUGGAAUCUGAUUCUUAUAGAGUCAAGAAUGACCUUCAGAGUCCUGAACUUGUAUCUGUUCAUUUUCACAUUCACUUGAUGCAGAUAUGAAUGUGAAAUCCAAGUUGAUAUGUAAGCACGGAAUGUAUUCUAUCAACCGAGCCCAUCUCCAGAAGGUUUUGCCCUUGAAUGUGUAUGUAGCUCUGUAGAUGUCAGUGUUGUCAGAAUGGCUGGCUCUAUUUCAGUUUCUCUCCUUCUUCCUCUUUCCUGAGGAUGACUCAACACAUCCUUCCAGGUUCUUCAUCUGUCAUCACUUCUUUUGUCAAAAUGUCAAGCAUCUAUGGACUAGACAGUGAGCAGGUCAUCAGCAGCCCAAGCAGGAAGUAUGGCUGCUCACACUCCUGGACAAUGACAAGAUAGGAGGCGGGAACAGUUGAAGUUGCUCAACUGGUUGGACAGGCAGGUUUGGCAUAAAAGGUUCUGAUGGAGUGUGCAGUGGAAUAUACAGUCAUCAGACCAUGACCAUGGAGCCCAGUGUCCUGCUCAUCCUCACUCUUCUCAUCAGCUUUUUGCUACUCCUGGUCAGGGGCCACACGAAAGCCUGUGGCCACCUACCUCCAGGACCGCGUCCCCUGCCCCUCUUGGGGAACCUCCUGCAGAUGGACAGAAGAGGCCUUCUCAACUCCUUUAUGCAGCUUCGAGAAAAAUAUGGAGAUGUGUUCACAGUGCACCUGGGACCAAGGCCUGUGGUCAUGCUGUGUGGGACAAAGGCCAUAAGGGAGGCUCUGGUGGACCAAGCUGAGGCUUUCUCUGGCCGGGGGACAGUUGCUGUGGUUGAGCCAAUUCUACAGGGAUAUGGUGUGAUCUUUGCCAAUGGAGAACGCUGGAAGGCCCUUAGGCGAUUCUCUGUGGCCACCAUGAAGGACUUUGGGAUGGGGAAGCGAAGUGUGGAGGAGCGGAUAAAGGAGGAGGCCCGAUGUCUGGUGGAGGAGCUGCAGAAAUCCCAGGGAACCCCCAUGGACCCCACCUUCCUCUUCCAGUGCAUCACAGCCAACAUCAUCUGCUCCAUUGUCUUUGGAGAGCGCUUUGACUACAAAGACUGCCAGUUCCUUCACCUCCUGGACCUGAUCUAUCAGACCUUCUCACUAUACAGCUCAUUCUCCAGCCAGGUGUUUGAACUCUUCUCUGGCUUUCUGAAGUACUUUCCUGGUGCCCACAAGCAAAUCUUCAAAAACAUGCAGGAAGUCCUCGACUACAUUGGCCAGAGUGUGGAGAAGCACAGGGCAACCUUGGACCCCAGCAAUCCAAGAGACUUCAUCGAUACCUACCUUCUAUGCAUGGAGAAGGAGAAGUCCAACCCACAUACAGAGUUCGAUCACCAGAACCUCAUGAUCUCCGUGCUGUCUCUCUUCUUUGCUGGCACUGAGACCACCAGCACCACGCUCCGCUAUGGCUUCCUGCUCAUGCUCAAAUAUCCCCAUAUUACAGAGAAAGUCCAAAAGGAGGUCGAUCAGGUGAUCGGCUCACACCGCCUACCAACACUUGACGAUCGCACCAAAAUGCCUUACACUGAGGCUGUCAUCAAUGAGAUUCAGAGAUUUUCAGAUCUCGCCCCGAUUGGUGUUCCACACAAAGUCACCAAAGACACUUUGUUCCGAGGUUACCUGCUCCCCAAGAACACUGAAGUGUACCCCAUCCUGAGUUCAGCUCUUCAUGACCCACGGUACUUUGAACAACCAGACACCUUCAAUCCUGACCACUUCCUGGAUGCCAAUGGGGCUCUGAAGAAAAAUGAAGCUUUUAUGCCCUUCUCUAUAGGAAAGCGAAUUUGUUUUGGUGAAGGCAUUGCCCGCAACGAAUUGUUCCUUUUCUUCACCACCAUCCUCCAGAACUUCUCUGUGUCCAGUCCCGUGGCUCCUGAGGACAUUGACAUCAGUCCCAAGGAGAUUGGCUUUGGCAAAGUGCCCCCAACAUACCAGAUCUGCUUCUUGGCCCGCUGACUGGGCUGUGGUGGCCAGGUCUCCCCGCUCCUGUUGAGAAUGGCCCCAUCUUUCUGCCUCUGAGAAACCUGCUGGAAUCCAGGCCCUCAGUCACUGCUCACUUCCUUCCUCCUUCCUGUAGCUUCUGCAAAGCUGGAGAUGUGUUCUUCUGCCCUGUGAAUGACACUGGAGAAAUCAAACAAAUGUCUUUCUAGAAGUAUGAACAGAGAGACUUCUGGAGGCCACAUCUCAUACUAAGUCACUCCCAACAGCCAUAGUCCCCACAUAUCAGCUCCCGGUGAUCCAUGAUCUAUGCUGAUGAACUCUGUAUAUGGUUGAAUUCUUUGUCUCUGGACUUGCCUAAUAUGUAUGGUUCAUGUCAACAGAAUCACAUAGUGUGUGAUCUUUUG